AUGGCGGGCCCUGCCGAGCUCCGCGACGCCCGAGGGUGCGACCACAUGCUCAUCGGCGGCGCUAUGUCGCGCCAGGCGGGGGAGCCCCGGCCCUCCUGGGGGCGGACGCCGUCGGCGAUCGACGGCCGGGGCGGCCGCGGCCUCCAGCUGAAGGCCGACGGCAGCAGGGCGGUGGAGGGUACGAACAAGGCGUCCGCCCACGUCGUGCUCGUGGACAGCUUCCGCGGCGGGGUGUUCCAGGAGCGCAAGGACCGAGGGCUGGCGCAGGCUUGCGAAGUCGGACCUUCCGGGCCCCGAUCGCGAGUGGGUGGAGGGCCUGGAGGUCGGCACGAACCCCGAGAGGGCCGACCAGGACCGAGUUCAUGA